CGCCAUGCCCCGCAGCCGGCUGCCGGCGGCGGCACGAAGGGGCAGGCGCUCGCGGCUCCCCCGCGUCUCUCCUUUCCCCUCCCCUUUCCUGCCUCCCUCCUAGUUUCCCCGCGGCUCCUGGCGUCCCCCGGACUUUGCCUUGUCAUGUCAAGAUGGAAGUCAGGCAGGACUGGCUCUCCGCAGCCCCCCACGAGGGCUUCGAGCAGAUGAGGCUGAAGAGCAGACCCAAGGAGCCGUCCCCGAGCCUGGCCAGAGCGGGGCCCAACUUCUACAGCACGGUCAAGCAGCAGGACUACAGUGCCAGCGUCUGGCUGCGGAGGAAGGACAAGCUGGAGCACUCCCAGCAAAGAUGCAUUGUGAUCUUUGCACUGGUAUGCUGCUUUGCAAUUCUGGUUGCACUGAUUUUUUCAGCGGUGGAUAUUAUGGGAGAAGAUGAGGAUGGACUCUCAGAAAAGAACUGUCAAAAUAACUGUCGGGUUGUUCUUGUGGAAAAUAUUCCUGAAGGUAUCAACUAUUCAGACAGUGCACCAUCCCAUUUGUCUCUUUUCCAAGGCUGGAUGAAUUUGCUUAAUAUGGCUGAAAAAUCUGUUGACAUAGUAUCUUCCCAAUGGGACCUCAAUCACACUCAUCCAUUUGCAUGCCAGGGUCAGCGGCUUUUUGAAAAAUUGCUAGAAUUGGCAUCUCGAAAUAUUGAGAUAAAAUUAAUGAGUGACAUACACCACAUCGACUCAAAGGUAUUAAGCGACUUGAAAACAAAGGGUGCUGAAGUGCUGUAUAUGAACAUGAGUGCAUAUAAGGAAGGUCGCCUUCAAUCAUCUUUCUGGAUUGUUGAUAAACAGCAUGUGUACAUUGGAAGUGCCAGUUUAGACUGGAGGGCAUUGGGACAGAUGAAAGAACUUGGUGUCAUCGUGUACAACUGCAGCUGCCUGGUUCUAGAUUUACAAAGGAUCUUUGCAUUAUAUAGCUCUUUAAAACACAAGAGUAAAAUACCUUCGAAUUGGUCUAAGAGACUGUAUGGGGUGUAUGAUACUCAGAACAAAUUAACCCUGCAGCUGAAUGAGACAAAAGCAGAGGCCUUUGUGUCGAAUUCUCCCAAGCAAUUUUGCCCCAAAGACAGAGUCUUUGAUAUUGAUGCUAUCUACAAUGUGAUAGAUGAUGCCCAGCAGUUUGUGUACAUAGCUGUCAUGGACUACCUGCCAAUUGUCAUUGACACUAAUGCUAAAAGGUACUGGCCUUACUUGGAUGGGAAGAUAAGAGAAGUACUUGCUUUGCGAAGUAUUAAAGUACGACUCCUCAUAAGUUUCUCAAAAGACACAGAUCCCCUUACGUUUAACUUUGUUUCCUCUCUUAAAGCUAUUUGCACUGAAGUUCCCAGCUGUAGUUUAAAAGUUAAAUUUUUUGAUCUUGAGGAAGAGAGUGUUUGCUUUUUAAAAGAACAGAAAAAUUCGUCUUUUCCCAAAUUAAAUCGUAACAAAUAUGUGGUGACUGAUGGAGCUGCAUACAUUGGUAAUUUUGAUUGGGUGGGAAAUGCUUUUACUCAGAAUGCUGGAGCUGGCCUUGUUAUCAACCAAGCAGACUCUGGGAACAGCACAAGCAUCAUUAAGCAGCUUAAAGCCGUGUUUGAAAGGGACUGGUAUUCUCACUACGCCAAAAGUUUACCACCAACAAAAAUCCCGAACUGCUUAAACCACAAACUUAACAAAGCAGCAUCAAACAAGACUGCCAUGAGCAAUGUGAACUAAAAAGACUCUUUUACUGUAUAACAAAUGAAGACAUCCACUGGGGCUGUAACCCCAUUUCAUAUUUACAGACAAAAGACUGUAAACAAAAAAAGCAAAAAAUAAAUAAAAAAAAUGUCUUUUUUUAGGAAAAAGCACACUUAUAUAAAAUGUUCUCUAAACUAUAUUCUCUAUAUUAAAUUAUUUCAGACUUUUAAAUUUGUUACUUCAGACAUUGAAUGUCAUUUCUGCUUCGAUGUUGAUUUUAAUGUUUCACAUUUGAAUUUAAAAGCAUGCUUUGAUUCCUCUCCUUCAGUUUUAGGACUUUCCCUACCUCCUGUCCUGGUUAGUAUAAACCAGGAGGCAGAAUUGAGAGCUGAACUAUGAAAUGUCAUUGUAAGACCAGCUGUUACUGAUACAUAGUGGAGGACAGAUUUCCCCUAUAGGAAAAGACACAGGUAUAAGCUGAUGUUCUCCCAUGUAAAUUGUGCCCUCCAAAUAUUUGACAAUCUGAGUAAAUGCUGAUAUUUAUGAACAGGUAUUUUGAAUAUCAAUAUCUAAAAAUGUUUUAUAGUAUUCUCAAAAUGAAUUUAACUGAUCCACCAGCUUCCUUGUUCAUUUUUGCUUAAUAAUUCCAGAGGUUUUCUUUCAUCUAAUAAACUUUCGUUAUAACUGAACUUCUUACAAAAUGGAUUUCAGUCAAGUGAAUUAAUUCCUUCAAACAUCAUACUUUUUCUAUGUUAUACCAAUAUCUCUUUAAUUAUGGAAAUGCCUAAUUUCUGAGGGUGCUUACACAUAAAGGUCAAGGACUGACUUUCCUGGCAGCUGUAUCAUGUGAUUUUUUUUUCCCAGUCUGAAGUGUUUAUCAUUUCUGAGAUAAUGGUUUUGCAUAAAAAACAGUUAAAUGUCACUGUUUGGAUAAGGUGAUGGGUUGUGUAAAACUAGAAAAUCUCAGUGAAAAUGUUCCAGUUUUGUUCCAGCUGGUCUCACAUCUGGAAAAUAUUGCUCUGAUAACUAAGAACACCUCUUAUGGAAUGUUUUUUUUUCCCAUUUUAAAAAGUUCAUUCACUUUUUUCCAUGUUUUGCCCAUCAACUGGCUACAGUCCAAAUACAAUAUUCAUAUUUUCAUUGACGACUAGAUUGUCAGCUGGCAUUAAUUAGUGUGGCUUCGCUGACUUCCAGAGAGUAAAAUGAGAUUGUCAGCUAAGGCUCUGCCCCCUAAAGCAUAAUUCUACUCUGAAAAAUGGCUGUAUAAAAAUGGUGCAUUGCAGAUCAGGGGUGUCUAACUCACUUGGCUCUCUGGGCGGAAUGCAAAAUACGAGGCUUCUCACGGGCCAGAUGACUCAGGUCCAGUGGCAGAUGAGAGUGUACUAGCAUAGCUGCUGGAGCCACUGCAUUGGCGCAGCUCUGGAACCCAGGAGGUGAGCAUUGCCACUGCUCGCCCCCAUUCUACCCCUUCCACCAAUUUUAGUCAAUGACUAUGGGAGACCAAAGACCCUGAAUUCAGCAGCAGGCAGUGGAGUGCUAAGGGCAAGUGGCAGCUUUUACCCUUAGGGUCCAGAGACACACCAACACAGUGGCCCUGGCAGCUGUGCCAACAAGCCCCACAGGCUGCCAGUUGAACAGCCCUGUCUUAAACAAUUGAUCUGCUUUUUCUUUCCAUUCAGAAUUGUAUCUGCUUAACCUGUUAAUACUUAUUUUUUAAUCAUUUUUACGCCUGCUGAGGAAAUCCAUCCAUUAAAGUUAUUCAAAUUCUUUAUGUCCAUGGGCAUCAACACAAAGCAUUUUUUUUUCUAAGAUUCAAACCGAUUUCACGUGAACAUAUAUCAUUGAGGCCAUAAUCUGGCUUGAUAGAAAAUGACGUGAGAAUUUAAUUUGUCCUGCAAAAUCUUUAUUGGUGUGGAUGAUGCAAAUGCCCAGCUUGUCUUUUAGAUCUCAUUUGAAUUUGCAAGGUUGGCAGGUAGAAAGUGCACUGUUUGUGGAGAUUCUUGAGAGACAAUCUGCAGACCAUCACAAUGCCAUUUUUGCAGCCAUGUUUCAGAGUGUAGCUGCAAUUCAAAAUUAGAACUACUUCUGGAAAUAAGAAGCCCAUUUUCACAAGGAAAAAUGUUGAUAGAGUUUAAAUUGUACUGAAUUAUCGGAAUUUCAGAUCUUGUUAAAUGUCAUUAUCAGUGUUUUGCAUAGCCCUAAAACCCAAUGACAGUCAGUUAAGAUUUAAAGGAAGCCAUGCAAUUCAGUAACCUGUAUUUUAUUCCCCAGAGCCUUAAAGCUACACAGUACUGUAUAGUCAGCUGUUCAUAGAGGAAACUUAUAAAAACAUAUUUCAUAAAGAUGUGAUUCAAGGUGCUGUGAAGUAGAAGGCUUUGUGGUGAAGAGUUCUGUAUUUUGUUUCUUCCAUAUAUCCUUAAAAGAUAUCCACUACCAUCUCUCCUAAGACAAUGGAUUUGCUUCCUUGAGAAACUAAAUCUAAAAUAUAUUAGGCCAAAAGCAUCCCUGGAGUAAUUUUUCACUGACCUCGGCUGAGCCACUCUAGCAACAAUUUUGGUCCAGUAUGUUCAAGGCUAAAAACUAUUUUUAAAAUCAAAGCAAGAUAUUUGAAAAUCUUGUAGAUGGAGCAAGAACAAUUCUGGAAGUGGAUAUCUUAUGUCUUGGGAUACACUUGUUGUUACAUCUUUCUAUAACCAUAAAGAUGAGAGAGACAACAAUUCUGGAGUUCAAAGUUAUAACUUUUGAUAUCAAUAACACAUAAAGAGAUCCAAGUUAUUAA